AUGCCGAGCUCUCGGGGUAAGACUCCCCCGACGUGUGGUGGUCACGACAGCUCGGAACGCAAAAAAGCGGGUGUCAAUGCCGAAGCCUCAGAGCCAAGCAGCGUGUCCGAAAUGUCGGUUACCGCGUUCACGGCUUUGAAGGCGCAUUUGCAGUGUGCAGAUGAGCAGAAACUCAACGACUUGUUCGCAUUUGUUUCGCGCCGGUCCUCGUUGGCCAGUGCUCUGUCCUGCGCCACUCCCAGGGGAACGGCGGCAGACACCUUCAGAGAGUCUGUCACAACGCCAUGCGGCAUGGACUUCGCUACCGCUUCUUCGUGGGUUUCUCAGUCUGCUCGAAAAGCUGCGAGAAGUGGUGCGGUGAACGGCGCCCGAGAGCCCGUCUCCCCCCUUCCGUCGGCACACAAAACCGGCCUGCACCCGUCGACCUCUGUGGUGUUUGCCUCACAAAAGGUUGCCUGUGCCUCGAAAACACUUCUGUCAUCUCAUUUGGACUCGGGUGCGCGUGUGCCUUUCCUUUCGGAGGCCCAAGACAACUUCUCCACCACGACGACGUCGUGCCCGGAGCCGUCUCGCCCAGCGAGGGUGUCCACAUCUUCGUCGUGGUCGUCCACCUCGCCUUUCGCUGCCGCCAGUUUCUUCGUUACGCAAGAGGGUUUGGGUUCGACAUCGUUCUGCCACUUUGACGGACCGCUUUCUCCGGAUUGCUCGCCGAACGGUAGUCUGUCCAGCGACGUACCCGCUGUGUUUGAGCCCAAGGCGUCGCCUGCCUCCGCUAAAAAGUCUUUCAAACUCUGUAGACAGCUGGCUUCGCCGGGGUCCGCUCGCACGUCUGAGGAGUCUCAGCGUGCCUGUGAGACGGGCGGAGCUGCGGAGUCCUCUGUCCCGAGGGGCAGGCAAAAGAAGGCGUCUUGGCGCGACCAGAACGGAGACGACAAACGCGCCUCUCCUGUAAAGCUGCGUGCGUCUCCAAGGUUUUCUCCCGGUGCAGUGAAACUCUCAGCGAGAAAGACCACAAACGGCAGCACACCUCUGUCUGUUCGCACGCCCACGAGGUCUAGUCCGCGUCUCCAGCUUCGUGCCCCGUCGCCAACGCGGGCAGGCGAUUCGCGGCUCCGUUCUGAGGGGGGUGACAGUUCUCGGCAACGAUCUAUCAGAAAGGGAAAGGGUCAACAGAUAACCUCGAAGCUAGCGUCCCCGAGGAAGGCGUCGCAAGGCAACAUCCUCCACGAAAGCGUCGCAGAGCCUGUCGAGACCGCUUCGGCAGGCGGUGGUGCAGGCGAAAGGUCUCACGCUUUGAACUGCAGCAAUCAGAAGAAAUCUGCCGCGAAAAAAAAGGAUGAAUCUGCCGGCGUCUCAGCUGGAUGUCGCCGCAGGUCGAACACUGGUUCUCGCGGUACUUCUCCGAGGAAAGAAACGCCGCGUCCUGCGUCGAAGCAGAGACAGAAAGGAGCCCGGAAAACCAAAAUUGCCAAGAGCACCUUGACCUCCGAGCAGACGGCGGUCGACGGACCUACAGAAGAAACGCCUGAGUUUGAAGCCUAUUCCAUUUCACUCUCGCCGUCGUUGUCGCUUGUGAAGCGAGGGCGUGACACAGAUGACUAUGGAGCGGUUCCAAACUCCAAGCGGAAGAAGCAUCAGCUUAAGAAAGAAACUGUCGAACGGCCGUUGGAAAGUGUAAAAACAGUCGAUGGCACAACCGACAGUGUCUGUACCUCCCGUGGCACAUCCAAAACAGACAACGAACACGCACUGGUUGACGAGGAGUCCGCGCCUGAGCCAGACCCACGAAACGCGGCCGUUGUGAACGGUCCCACAAUACAAACGCCUCUCUCGGACCUUGUCUUUGUGAAGCCAGUGACAAGCCUGUCUGACCACAUUUCCGCGGAUGACGGCGAUGCAAGGCAUUUCUUGCUUCCGAAUGGAAUGAUGCCCAGUUCGGAAGCGGACUGGAGAACGGAGGAACAAAAUGAAGACGAAGAAAUGCGAGAAGCUCCGCGACCCAAGAUCAAAGGGCUGUACGAGUCCAGUGACAAAGCACGACGGAUGCUCUCCACUGCAUCGACCGUCUCAGGAGGAGGCGCUUCGAACCCGCCGCUUAGGCUCCUCGUUGCGGACGCCCCGCACAGUCCUGAAAUUGACACAGGAGCAUUCUGUUCACCCGCUCUCUCUUCCAGCGAAGCGCCUGCCGAGCCGCCUGCCUUCUUCCACCACAAAGUCUUGCGCCCGACUCCGCCGGUUGCAGAGGCCCCCGAGUUCGAUCUUGGUCUGUUCAUGGUGCGAACUGCGGCGCUCUCAAAGCAUGCAGACGAUGUUGUCCCCUGUCUUGCGGAUAAGGAGCUGAUGGAGUUCUCCAUUGUUCCUCAAAAAUAUAUCACUCCGUCAGUCACGGAGAAGCCGACCCAAACUCUACAAGAGAGAUUUCUGCACAUGAAACUCCUCGCAGACAUACCGAAAGUCGAUGGGACGUAUCAAAUCGGUCUUGACAUGAAAGAGGCAACCUGGUAUAGACCAAAGAAUCCCGAGACAGGCAUGGCGAAGCCUAACGGGAAAGGAACGGCUAUGAAGAAAUUACUUGAGGAGCAAGAACGCUGGAACCCAUUCUCAGUUUUUGGCUCGUCGUUGCCUUGUGUAGAGUUGGAUGACGUCUUUGACUAUGAGGUGUACAGCACAACUGCUCCUUCAGCACGUGUAUCUCACCCUCUGUUCCGCCGGUUGGCUCAGUUCUAUGAGUUCAAGGAUCUCUGGAAAACGGUGACCCCAGCAGAAUGGGAUAAGGUUCGUUCUUCGUUCAAAACGCAUUGGAAGAAACAGUACAAGUUGGAUCUGGACUGGCGAAACGACCCCGUCACCGUUGAAGAGUUUAUGUGGAUGUUGGAGGCGAACGGACAGACUGAUGACAAGACGGAGACCGUCUUCCACGCCGAGGUGUGUUUUUGUGUAACGCCAAACCCAACUGAAAAUUUCGCUUGGAACGACCCCCGAUGUCACAAGUAUCAGGCGCCGAGACCUUCAAUGAGCCACCACUUGCACGAACGCCUGAACGACGACGAAAACACAUCACCCAACUCUCCAGGACCAAAAGCUUCAAUCCAACACGAAGUUUGUCAAGUAAAGCGACGCAGUGUAGACGAUGCACUUCCCCGGCGUCUUUCGAUUGGUUCCUUUGAGUCUGGGAGUGCACGGCGGCGGUCGCUAACGGAUGCGUUCAGUCCCGAAUGUUCCAAAUUCAGGAGAGAUGUUCUUUCCUAGGAUAAGCCGUCCAGCGAGGCUUGUUUACCCAUGCAGAUGGGUCGGUGAUAUUUGUUCCCGCACCAGAUGCCGUGUUCAUUCCGUUUUUCCGGCUGUUCUCGUGGUGCCGACUUGAGUUGAUUCCUGUACCAUUGUAAAAGUGUAGAUCUGGAGUGUCGGUCACAGAAGUUAAGACACAGUGAAGGAACGCAAGUUCAAUUAUGGUCUUGUCUUCGUUGCCAGAAAUCCAUGUCGAUACACACUGUGCUCUAGCACACAGGUCUCGCUUCUACGUCUGUGUUACAGUAGAUAGCUCCCGUAAAAGAGUAAAGAGCACUAUGGUGAGAAAAUGUCAAUCUCGUGAGUCCCUUCUUUUAAUGAUUGAGUAAAGAUAGUUGUCUUCUGUUUCCUGAUUGAAGAACAUCCGAGGUUAUAAAAAGG